CCCAAAACAUGCACAUGUUUAUCUCGCUUCUUCCUCGAAAGCUCGCUGCAUUCUCUCUCUGACUCUCUCUCUCUAUAUAUAUACACACGCUCCACCGACGACGGUUACCGCAAUUCUUCGCCUGUGUUGUAUUCGAAAGUUUCUGUAUAUUCCAAAUUUCUGGUGCUUCUCGGGAGGUGAAGAUUCGUCGGAUGGGUCAGAAAGUUGAAGCGGAGAAGAAGGCUGCGGAUGGCGGAGAGUCGAAAACCAACGUCGUUUUGAAGCUGGACUUGCAUUGCGAAGGAUGUGCGAAGAAAGUUCGACGAGCCGUUGGCCAAUUCGAAGGUGUCGAGAAAGUGAAAGCCGAUUCUGAUAGCAACAAAUUGACCGUGAUCGGCGACGUGGACCCCACGUGGCUCCGGGAGAAAGUCGAGCAAAAGACCAAGAAGAAAGUGGACCUCGUUUCCCCUACCCCAAAGAACUCCGGCGCCGGCGCCAAGAAGCCGGAAGAGAAAUCAGACAAGAAGAGCAGCAACCAAGCAAAGAACAAAUCCGACGAUCACGACAAGAAACAACCGAAAGAGCCUGCGAAGAUCAUCAGUACAGCCGUGAUGAAGAUCAAACUGCACUGCGACGGAUGCGCGGACAAAAUAAAGCGAGUCAUAACCAAGAACAUCGAUGGAAUAACCUCUGUCACAACAGAUUUGCAGAAGGAUUUGGUUACAGUGACAGGGACGAUGAAUGUGAAGAACCUCACUUCAUAUCUCCAAGAAAAGCUCAAAAGAACUGUAGACACUCUUCCUCCCCCAUCCACCGCCCCCGUUAAAAAGGGCGGCGGCGGCGGCGGAGAGGAGGUGGCGAAAGUGGAAAAAGUCAGUAAAAUGGAGUACCAUAGCCUCAAUCCAGAGACUCAUUAUGCAGAGGUUCCUCAAAUGUACGGCAGUCAAUACUAUGGCGGCGUGCAGGCUUACCAUCAUCCUAAUUACGUUAACCAUGGUUACGGAAACCAUAAUUAUGGGUACGAAUACAGGCCGGGACCGCCGCCGCCGUACAUGAACAUAAAUGAUCAGAUGUUCAGCGACGAGAAUCCUAAUGGGUGCUCUGUGAUGUGACUGCAAAUGCAACUAAGGUAUUAAUUCAUUUUUAGUAUGUUCAAAUUUCAAGUGUAUAUAUAUAUAUAUAUUUAGAUAUAUUAGUAUUCAGAUCAGGUUAGGGGGUGAGUGAUUUCUUGUUACUUGUUACCUUUUUGAGUGCACAUUUAUGUCUUAAUUGUUUGAUUAAUUAAUGUAGGCAGUGGUUGUUUGACUUUGACUAUUUAA